CCUGAUAGUACCAGAGCUUGUUCUCACUCUCACCUCGUUCCCUGUGCCUUAUAGUGCGGAUACUGUUUGUGGGAGGAGGAUAAUGGCGGAUGGGCAACAUGCCACGCCCUCACCUACGGGCAAAACAGUUGUGAUAGGGAUGGACGGCAGCGACAAUUCCAGGUUUGCGCUUCAAUGGUUCGUGGAACACGCGUGGAAACCGGACGACAGAGUAGUCAUGGUGUACUGUGUAGAGCUUAGUGAGGUCUUCUCGGCUUCCCAGUUCUAUCAUGCUCCAAACCCUGCCGAAGCUGAGGCUUUUCAAGCCAUCCUCUCACACGAGCUUCAAAAAGUACAGGCCAGGCUUGAGGAGUUCGCCUCAUACAUGAAAGAGCUCAAGGUAGACGGAGUUGUUAAAAGCACCCAUGCGUCCAAGCCUGGAGAGGGUAUUAUCAACGUUGCCAAGGAAGUCGGCGCAAGGUUGAUUGUUACCGGAACUAGGGGACUGGGAAAGAUGCGAAGAACUUUUCUUGGAAGUGUCAGUGACUAUUUAAUUCAUCAUUCUCAUAUACCGGUACUGGUGUGUCAAGUGAGAGACAAGAAACAAAAAGUCAAUUCGUGACGUCAUAGGUGGUGUCACGUGGCCACAUAAGCAAUCAACAUGAACCGGAUGUUCAUACGUCCAGACAGAAAUAUUACUAUUUACUUACAUUAUCUUUAUCUAAUACAUAUGUUUUCUGACAUAUACAAAAUUCAUCAGUUUUGUUUCGUGAUUGAUGACGUCACAUCCGCUGUGGUAGAAUUAAGUUUUCAAACAAAUGCUGGAACAGGUUGUAACGAUUCAGUUUUCGUGAGGACGUGUGCGAAGUAACAUCGACAUUAAUCCACAAGAGUGUAUAAAUACACGUACCACGAAUGACGUCUCAAGAAGGUGACACAAUGAAAUAAACUAGUGACCCUAAUUCAUUUUGUUUUACUAACUUGCUUUGUUUAUUUUGUUAGUAUCGAGUUAGAAUCGUCAGUGAUCCAAUCAGCAAAGGGCGUUAUUUUCCCUUGUGGUUGCGUUCUGUGUGAAGGCUUAUGACAUAUGUUCUGUUAUUCUUUGUCAUAAUAAUUUACAUAUCUCAAUACACGUAUGCAAUAUGCAAUUGAAGUUCAUUGUUAAACAACAAUCGGAAAUAUGUACAAUUAACAAAGGCUGUAUAUCUAGAGAUUUUGUCACGAAUUUUGUCUUUUUCUCAUUGCUGUGAUGUUAUAUACAAACAUCACAAGUAUGCUACUUUUGUGUUGAUACAGAGUAAAGAACUAAAUAUCAUUUGCUGGUUCACUGUGAAUUUCGUUUUGACAUUGUGUAGAAUGAUUGAAAGCUAGCGUUAAUUGUUAGUAUAUAUUAGCGGUAUUAAAAACGGUGAUGCCA